AUCCAUAUUCGAAAGAAGACCGCGAAAAUUUUAAAAAAUGUGAUCAUGAAUGCAUUGACGAAAAACAUGAAAAGUCUAUCGAUGGAAAAGAUCCGAUAAGGUCAUUCUGUACUCAGGAACUGUUUCACCCUAGAUUGAGUCCAACUUCAAAUCCUCCAGAAAAUAUUGGAUAUAUAUCAAUAGAUGGUCACCAUUUUUCUUGCGAAAACCCUACGAUUAAUGUUGGAGAUUUUCAUAUUGUAUUCGUCGUUGAUAGAAGUAGCUCUAUGGGCAGUAAUGAUUGCCGACCCUUUUGUAGUAAAUCACAAACAUCUCAUUUGAAGCUUAGUCAUAACAAUAGAUUAGGCGCUGUCUAUGACGCAAUAUAUACUUUUAUUGAAACGCGCAAAAACUCUCGAAAAGCUACUCGUGUUGGACUCUCAGCUGUAGAUAGGGAUAUUGCUUCUCUGAUUUUGUUUGCGAGAAAAGCAACUAUUGUUUUUGAAAAUAGUGGAUUAUCUGAUACAGAUGAGCUUUUAAACAAGAUGAUGAAAUUCACCGUAACUGGGGGUACUUCUUAUUGUAAAGGAAUCCAAAAAGCAGCUGAAAUUAUUGAAAAAUACUAUGAUCAAAAAAA